UUAUCCCACUAACAAGAGGGGAUUAAUUUUUUAUUUUUUUAUACCUGCAUUUGAAUGUGUCCACUUCUGUUUCCCACCUUUCUGUGUAGUAUCUGGGUGGGGAAGUUGGAGGAGCAGUGUUGGACGUAGUGGGAGCUCGAUCACUGAGCUGAAGAGGGAGAAGACAGGGACACUUGGAAGAGGACAAGGAAGAAGCAAUCAUGGGUGUACAAAAGGAAGACGUGGAAAAGUUCCUGAACGGGAAUCCUGAUUUUGCUAAGAAGUACUUUGCCAAGAAGAUGAACACCUCCACCAUAUCGAAGGUUUCAGGACUCCCAGAGAAACAGAUUGACUUCAGCCAGUUUCAAGAGCUCAGUCAGAUCGAGGAAAGCAAAAUCAUGUAUGACCUGAUCAAAGACAUGCAAGAGAACAUCAACAUGGAAAAGGUGGUUUUCAAGAUCCUGAGAAGAGUCAGCGCGCUCAUCCACGCCGACCGCUGCAGCUUGUUCAUGUACCGCCAGCGCAAUGGCGUGGGAGAGCUCGCCACACGACUCUUCAACGUGAGCAAAGACUCCGAGUUUGACGAUUGCAUUGUGCCACCAGACUCUGAGAUCGUGUAUCCGCUGGACAUGGGAAUAGUUGGCAAUGUGGCUCUGACCAAGAAGUCAGUUAAUGUGAAAAACGUCAAGGAGAACCAGCACUUCAGCUCAUUUGUUGACGAGCUCACAGAAUACGAGACCAGGAAUAUUCUGGCUACACCCAUCCUCAACGGCAAAGACAUGGUGGCAGUGGUCAUGGCUGUGAACAAGACCACAGGACCACAUUUCACUGCUGAAGAUGAAGAUCUUUUUUUGAAGUAUAUGAGAGUUGCCACUUUGAACUUGAAGAUCUACCACCUGAGUUACCUCCACAGCUGUGAGACGCGUAAAGGACAGCUGCUGCUAUGGUCAGCCAACAAGGUAUUCGAAGAGCUGACAGACAUCGAGCGACAGUUUCACAAAGCCUUGUACACAGUCCGAGCCUACCUCAACUGUGACCGCUACUCUGUUGGUUUACUAGACAUGACGAAGGAAAAGGAGUUCUUUGACAUCUGGCCAGUUUUGAUGGGAGAGCAGGCACCUUACUCUGGCCCUGUAACCCCUGAUGGCAGGGAGGUAAUCUUCUACAAAGUGAUUGAUUAUAUUUUACACGGAAAGGAAGACAUCAAAGUAAUACCCAAUCCUCCCGCAGAUCACUGGGCUUUGAGUAGUGGCCUUCCCACUUAUGUUGCUGAGAGCGGCUUUAUUUGUAACAUUAUGAAUGCAGGCGCUGAUGAGACGUUCAAUUUUCAGAAAGAGCCAUUGGACAGCAGUGGCUGGACAAUAAAAAAUGUUCUCUCGCUGCCAAUCGUCAACAAAAAGGAAGAGAUAGUUGGCGUAGCCACGUUUUACAACAGAAAAGAUGGAAAGCCUUUUGAUGAUCAGGAUGAGCAGCUCAUGGAGGCUUUGACUCAGUUCCUGGGAUGGUCGGCGUUGAACACAGACACCUACGACAAGAUGAAUAAGCUUGAGAACCGCAAAGACAUCGCUCAGGACAUGGUGCUCUACCACGUCAAAUGUCGAGAUGAUGAGAUUCAGAACAUCCUGUACACCAGAGAGCUCUAUGACUGUGAACCCAGAGACUGUGAAGAGGACGAGCUCCUAGCUAUCCUGAAAAAAGACCUUCCUCCACUAAUUAAGAAGUUUGAGAUCUAUGAGUUCCGCUUUUCAGAUUUUAAUUGCACAGAGAUGGAGUUGGUGAAGUGCGGGAUCCAGAUGUACUAUGAAGUCGGUGUGGUCAAGAAGUUCCAGAUUCCACAAGAGGUGCUGGUUCGAUUCAUGUAUUCAGUCAGCAAAGGGUACAGAAGGAUCACCUACCACAACUGGCGUCACGGCUUUAAUGUUGGACAGACGAUGUUUACGCUACUGACGACAGGAAUGCUGAAGCGAUACUACACUGACUUGGAGGUAAUGGCGAUGAUAACCGCAGGAUUCCUUCAUGAUAUUGAUCACAGAGGGACAAAUAACUUGUACCAGGUCAAAUCUGGUAAUCCUCUGGCCAAGUUACACGGCUCUUCCAUUUUGGAACGGCACCAUCUAGAGUUUGGAAAGUUCCUCUUGGCUGACGAGACACUGAAUAUCUAUCAGAACCUUAACAGGCGACAGGUUGACCACGUGAUCCAUCUCAUGGACAUCGCCAUCAUCGCCACUGACCUGGCUCUUUAUUUCAAGAAGAGAACCAUGUUCCAAAAGAUUGUGGACCUCUCACAUACGUAUGAGGAUGAAAAGAAAUGGGUCGACUUCAUGUCACUAGAAACAACCAGAAAAGAGAUUGUCAUGGCCAUGAUGAUGACCGCAUGUGACCUGUCCGCAAUCACAAAGCCUUGGGAAGUUCAGAGCAAGGUUGCCUUGUCUGUGGCAGCAGAGUUUUGGGAACAGGGUGACUUGGAGAGGACUGUACUGGAGCAGCAACCCAUUCCCAUGAUGGACAGGACCAAGUCAGCUGAGCUUCCAAAGCUUCAGUGUGGUUUCAUUGACUUUGUCUGCACGUUUGUCUACAAGGAGUUUUCUCGCUUCCACCCACAAAUCCAGCCCAUGCUGGAUGGCAUCUUAAACAACAGGAAGGAGUGGAAUGCCAAAAAGGAAGAGUAUGAGGCUAAGCUCAAAGCCAUCGAAGAAGAAAAAGCUGCUAAAGAGGCAGCGGCAGCCAGCAAAGCGGCUGCAAACAACCCCAGUGGUGGGUCUGGCUCCAAGACCUGCUCUGUGUGCUAAUCAACCAAAGAACUGCUGACAUUCCUGGGGUCUACGAAGACACUCAUGACAGACUGAGUCUCACCCCAGCAGAAACAAACAAAAGAAAAAGUCAGGAAGUCAGGAAGACGGAUAUAUGAAUGCACAGCCCUGUAGUAACUCUUCAGAAAAGGGGGUCCAGUCGGAAAAGGAAAAACCUGAACACGGCGAGAUCUCCACCAAGAAGAGCAAAGCUUUAUUUUUAAGAGGCCAGGUGAGCCAAAAAUUAAUUCAAAUCAAGGAAAGACUGACCACAUUUUGAAAAAAGGAAAAAAAUCCUGCGAUUACAUUUGAGGCAAAAUUGCUGCUUCCUGUCUUAAAAUAAUUGUACUUUUAUGAAUCAAGAGUGAAGAUGAUUUUUGCAUCUCGGGUUCCUCUGAUCUUAAAAAAGUUUGCUUAUCUUUAAAGGAUUUGUGUUAGUGACAAUGUGUGAAUGUGUGUGUGUGCGCUGUAUGCUUGUUGUGUGUUUCUCAUAUGUACAACUUUUUUAUUUUUUCCCCAAUUCUUCCAAGUAUUUAUUUACAUGGCAAACAUCUCAGGAGGACACAGCCUACAUCUGUGUAGUAAACAGUAAUCCUGUACAGAAAGUGAGUGCAGUGCUUUUUUUUAAAUGCUCGGGCCUCUUUAGAUUAUUUAAAAUGUUUGGGCUUUUAAUUUUUCAUAUAUUUACUAUUAUAGUACUUUAGUUUUCACAGAACAUAGACAGUUAUUGUUUAAUCAUAUUCAAAAGUAAUCCACUGUUGACUACUUCCAGUCACUUACUAUUUACAAAUGAGAGUCUGUUUACUUUGUCUGCAGAGAGCCAAAGGUAAAUGUUCGGUCGUGCUACAGGAACAGCUUUUAAAAAGAGUUUUACAGUGAACACUUAUGAGUUCACAGUCAGCAAAAGUCUGUAGAUGCUUAUUCAUGAUGCCUUUAUAUUGUAAAUAUACAGUAUGUGGUCUAUGAGUGUGAGACGGUAGCCUCGGAUAUGUAUUUUCCAAAUAUAAAAUUAUAAAUGUCUUAUUAAAUAAGAGCGGGAAAUCAGGUGGUCACACGUAAAACUGAUUUAUUUGGUUGAUUUUGUCUGAGUUUUAAUUCAUUUUGCUCUGUUCAUAUCUGCUACAACAUGAGCACAAUCAAAUACUGGGAUCAGAAAGUUUACUCAAACUGCUUUAGAGGGAGUUGUACUACAUCAAUCCCUGAUUGAAAGCUUCUCCCUGCACUGGACUCCUCCCAAAUAGGACGAGGAGUCAGUCAGAGCUCACCUGCUCAGCAUCAGGAAGAGUAACCAUAAUGACAAACAACCAUGUGGCUUAUGUGAAAGGAUACAAAAGGAAAAGCAAGAACAAGCAAACGCCACACGACUGGUCAGGUUUCGAGACCCAAACCCAGGACUGUUGUGCUGCGAGGCAGCAGCACUAAUCGCUGAGCCAUCAGGCUAUUCUUAUAACAAUCCCUGAGUGCAGGCCUCGAAGGCAACAAGGACACAGAGCUGUUUGAGACAGCAUGAAGAAGCAACUGAGCUUUGUGUAUAGACUUGUACAUACCAUCGCCCUUCCUGUAAAUAUUAAGAUGCAAAUAUUUUUCUAGUUUGAUGCUAGAGGGCCUUACCUUAUUAUUUAUAAAGCACUAGAAAAAGAGUCAUAAAGCUGAAUAACAAAUGCAUUGUGCUAGCUUCAAUUUACAAAUAUUUAAAGUAUUUCAGAUAUGGCACUGCUAUGAUAAAAAUGCCUGUGUGAUAAUAUUAGGUCCCAAAUCAAUUUAAAUGUGCUUUGGAUGUACCCUGGAUGUUUUUUAAUAGACUUAAAUUACUUUUUGGUCAGCAUUUCAAAGCUUGCCUCCUCAUGUGCUCCAAAUGUACAAUGAUGACCCCAAUAAAAGCAAGUGUAUUUUUAA